AAAAUGUCUGAACUAACAUGUUUUUUGUGUGACACACAAACCACAAAAGUGUGUGAAGAUUGUAUUCAACCAGUUUGUUCUUCAAAUCAUAUGAAGAUUCAUCGUUCCAAUUCUCGAUGUUCUCCUUUCAGGGUUGAAUCAGGAGAGAAUGGAAGAUUUUUAGUCGCUACACGUGAUAUUCAGCCUUUAGAAAUCAUUCUUCAUGAUGAAUGUUUUGGAUUUGUCCCGAAGCUAGAACACCCUCCAGUCUGCUUAGUUUGCUGGAAUCUAACAAAAGAGACAUGUGGUAAAUGUGGCCUACCGCUGUGCAAAAAAUGUGUUCCAAAAGCCCAUGAAGUGGAAUGUGAGAUUAUAAAGAAAAGCGGAAUUGUGACAGCUGAUGAAAUAUUAGAAAACCCCUGUAUACUACCAAGUGUUGCUGUUUUCAGAUUCUUAAACAAUAACAAACACAAGGAGUUCUAUGAUCGUCUGGUGGAUAAUCUUUCCUGGAUUCAGACAACAGAGGAAUUCAAAAUAUUCAACCUGAUCUCAAAGUUUAUCAGAGAAAGAUGUGAUCUCAAAGAAUAUUCGGAGGAACUAAUUUGGAAAAUAUUAGGAAAAUACAAAUCUAAUGGCUGCAGUGUAGCAAACUACAGAGCAAGGGCCAUUUUCCCCAUAUUCUCUAUGCUGAACCAUUCUUGCAUUUCAAACGCAAGGCAUAUAGUGAAUUCAGAAGAUCAAAGUAUAGAAGUUGUAUCAAAAACAUUUAUCCCCAGGGGUGAUGAGAUAAAUAUUCGGUAUACAACAACAUUUUUAGAAACCAUCACCACGAGGAAAAACAUUAUCAGUGACACUUGGAAUUUUGACUGCAGAUGUUUGCUCUGCAAUGAAUCAACGGAAAACAAAACUUAUCUCAGCGCUGUUUCUUGCCAGAACUGCAAACUCAGCCAUCUGCUGCCAUGUCAAGGAGAGGAAUCUCAAGAUUUGGUUUGGAAAUCUCAGGGUUUGGUUUGGAAAUGUGGAAACUGUAAGAAAGAAAUCAAGGAAGCAGACAUAGAGUCCAUUCAAAACAAGGUUUCUAUAGCAUUCAGUAAAGUUCCUAAAACUGAUCUAACUAAGCUAGUAUCCUUUGCUUCUCUCUGCAAAACUAUUCUUCACCCUAAACACGCUUUGACUCUUAAAGUUCAUCAGUGUAUUCUUCAUCAGAAAAUAGAAAACAUACAACUGACAAAUAUGAAGAAGGAGGAUUUAAGAUCCAUUUUGAAUCUAAGUGAUGAGUAUAUUUCUGUUGUUGAAGUAGUUGAUCCAGGAUUUUCAAAAUGGAAGAGCAGAAUUGAGUAUCAAACUGUUAGAAUUGAACUGAUGGCACUUUUGCAGAAUGUGAAUGUCCGAAAUGAGAACCCUGUUUCAAUAAUCUCUAGAUGUGUUAGUAAAUUAGAAGAAGCUUUGGCUGGAAUGACGGGAGAGUUGAGCUGUUUGAGUUUACAGAGUUCAAGUUUACUUUCCAGGAUUGAAGGAUUAAUAAAUCAUCCAAACCUAGAACAAGGAUACUCAGCUCUUCUUAGAAUACUCUGCAAGCAUCCUGCACUACAUUAAUUUAUUAGAAUACUCUGCAAGUAUCCUGCUUUACAUUAAUCUACUAUAGAAUACUUUGUAAGUAUCUUGCUCUACAUUAAUUUAUUAGAAUACUCUGCAAGUAUCCUGCUCUACAUCAAUAUACUAGAAUACUCUGCAAGUAUCCUGCUCUACAUUGAUUUAUUAGAAUACUCUGCAAGUAUCCUGCUCUACAUCAAUAUACUAGAAUACUCUGCAAGUAUCCUACACUACAUUGAUUUAUUAGAAUAUUCUGCAAGUAUCGUACUCUACAUUAAUCUACUAGAAUAUUCUGCAAGUAUCCUGCUCUACAUUAAUGUAUUAGAAUACUCUGCAAGCAUCCUACUCUACAUCAAUCUACUAUAGAAUACACUGCAAGUAUCCUACUCUACAUCAAUCUACUAUAGAAUACACUGCAAGUAUCCUACUCUACAUCAAUCUACUAGAAUACUCUACAAGUAUCCUGCUCUACAUUAAUACACUAGAAUACUCUGCAAGUAUUCUGCUCUACAUUAAUCUACUAUAGAAUACGCUGCAAAUAUCCUGCUCUACAUUAAUCUACUAGAAUACUCUGCAAGUAUUCUGCUCUACAUUAAUUUACUAGAAUACUCUGCAAGUACCCUACUCGAUAUUAAUUUAUUAGAAUACACUGCAAGAAUCCUACUCUACAUUAAUUUAUUAGAAUAUUCUGCAAGUAACCUGCUCUACAUUAAUCUACUAGAAUACACUGCAAGGAUCCUAUCCUACAUUAAUAUACUAGACUGCACUGUAAGUAUCCUGCUCUACAUUAAUCUACUAGAAUACACUGCAAGUAUCUUACUCUACAUUAAUCUACUAGAAUACUUUGCAAGUAUCCUACUCUACAUUAAUCUACUAGAAUACUCUGCAAGUAUCCUGGUCUACAUUAAUAUACUAGAAUACUCUGCAAGUAUCCUACUCUACAUUAAUCUACUAUGCAAGUAUAUUUUACACAAAAUAAUGAUUUCUGAUUUUUUAACUUUGACGUCCAAAUCACCCUGGUUAUUUGUGAACACUGAACAAUGAACACUAUAGGGGGGAGUGAAUUUCCAAAAAUAAAACAAUUUGCUUGAAAUCAUUACGGCGAAAGUCAAUUCUUAUGUAAAAAAAAAACAAUUCUAAGAACAAUUUCUGUUAUGAUACUUUUUAAUUAGAGGUCGUCUUCGUUAGCUAGCUGGCACUGCAAAUUUUGACCUUUAUGUCUUUUUCUGAGAUCUGUUAUUUCGCAAUAUGCAAUCAAUAUGUUUCCAAUAUUCAUGGCGAUAGUCAUUCUACUGUAAAAUCAAUUCUUAAACAAUUUCUUUCAUGAUACUUUUUGACGACAUCCAAUCAAAAAGUGUUAUAAACGAAAUUGUUCUUAGAAUUGUUUUUAACAUUAGAAAUGCCUAUCGCUGCAAUAAUUGAAAGCGUAUUGCAUGCUUAUUGCGAAAUCACCAAUCUCAAAAAAGAGUACAUUUAGGUAAACAAUUGGAGUGCCAGUUAGCUAACGAAGACGACCUCUAAUCAAAUAAUUUUUUUUUAGAAUGGCUUUUCACAUAGGAAUUGACUAUCGCCGUAAUAAUUUAAAGCAUAUUGCAUGCUUAUUGCGAAAUAACAGAUUUCAGAAAAAAGGUAUAUAUAGGUCAAAUUUUGCAGUGCCCGUUAGCUAACGAAGACGACCUCUUAUCAAAAACUGUCAUGAAAGAAUUUGUUCUUAGAAUUGUGUUUUACAUAAGAAUUGACUUUCGCCGGAGUUCUGUGAUGAAACUUUUAAAUUCACUACCCCCUAAUGAACACGCCUUUUCAUGUCAAUGUAUGUCUUAAUUUUUUAGCUUUAUUUUAACUAGUGUUUCAAUAAAUUUCAAUUUCAAUAG